AUGGAACCCAGAAGCCGCCGAGAAGAUGCUCCGAGAUUCAAUGCAAUGGAGGGAAAAGUGGGGCAUAGACACCACCCUGCCGUCUUGGCAGGCGCCAGAAGUCCUCGAAAAAACACUUUCCCAGCGGCACCACCGGCUUUGACAAGGAAGGAUCACCAUGUUAGUAGUAGUAGUAUGAUAAUAGUACCAUUUGUGGGUUUGGACAUCUGGGGUCUGCUGCAUGCUGUUUCCCGAACUGAUAUCAUUCGCAUGGUGCUGAGACAUCUCGAGAAUUAUCUUGCACUCUCCCGAAAACAGGCUUCCACACAUGGACCCAACGCCCUGAAGAUGACCGUUCUGUUCGACCUGGAAGGUUUCAACAUGCGUCAGUACGCCUGGAAGCCGGCCGCUGAGUUGGUGUUCUCAUUACUACAGAUGUACGAAGCUAACUACCCGGAGAUACUGAAAACAUGCUUCAUCAUUAACGCUCCAAAAGUCUUCUCCCUGGCGUUUUCCGUCAUCAAGAAGUUUAUGCACGAGUACACGAUAUCCAAAAUACGCAUAUACGGUAGUGACGCCAAGAAGUGGCAAGCGCAGGUACUUGCUAUGGUUGAUAGGGAUCAGUUACCAAUGCACUAUGGUGGGACUAUGAUCGACGAAAACGGUGACCCGAGGUGCAGUUCUAUGGUUAAACCCGGAGGUAAGGUGCCCAAGAAGUUCUACUCCUGCAAUAUAGUCAACGAAAAAGAGAAAGAAUAUGAGAGAGUGACGGUGAAAACCGGGGACAAACAUAUAGUAGAUUUAUUGUGCGCUGACGGUGAAAGUGUACUGAAGUGGGAAUUCGGAGUGGACAGCCAUGAUAUAAAGUUCGUGAUCAAGAAACGAGAUCAAGACGGCAACGAGUCUGUGGUGCACGGACCGAGGAAGGUGUCUGAAGGGCCCGUGGACGUCGGAGUGUUGCCUGUCACGGGACCCGCUACUUAUUCAGUUAUAUUCGACAAUAAGAGUUCUUAUCUGCGAAGCAAAAAAGUUUACUACGACGUCCUCAUCUCAGUACCCGAAAGAGAUCUUAACAUGACCGACCUUCCUGAAGAUCAAAUACCGACUGAAGCAUGUACUGUGAAAACAUAA